AUGAGUCUGCACAUCUUCAGUGACGAAAACGUCACUGGUGACAAAAAUACAGAAAACUGCGACUUCCUGUUUUCACCACUGGAACUUACCGGAAGAUCAUCUGUUCUCCGUCUGUCACAGAAAGAAAACGUACCACCUAAGAGCACAGCCAAAGCUAUGAAGGUUACUUUUCAGACACCUCUGCGGGAUCCACAGACACACAGGAUUUUAAGUCCCAGCACGGGCAGCAAGCUUGAAGCUUGUUUUGCUCAGGGCGACACCAUUGGAUUAGAAAACUGUCAUCAAGUCUGGACGCAGAAAGAGAACCAACAGUUCACCAAGGAAACAGACACUAGAACGACCAAUGGAAUUCUCCAGAAACCAGCAGUGGCCGAUGCCAACCCCCCUUCAGAGGACAUGAGACCAGCCUCUGACGACAGGCAUUGCAGCGGGCCCUCCUUGGCUCCCCAGGCCUGCCUGGAUCCUGCAAGCUCUUCUCAGAUGCCCGAAAGUGUUGAAAACCCAGAGGCAUCUCCAGGACAAACGUCAGGCAGCCAUGAGACCACCCAGGAAGAACACAUCCAUCCUCAUUCCUUAGAGGAAAGUGCUGCCUCUACCUCUACAAUUCUAGAAGACCCUCCCGGGAUGGCAUCCCAGGACAGAACAGAGGACCCGCUGAGAGCCACAGGAGAAAACUCGAGCGGGGUCCCUGCGCCCUCUACUGGGGCCGCUUCAGCUUCUGGUACCCACCCCGGCGGAGCCCGCGGAGCAGAGCCCCUCGUGGACCUGCCUAGCGAGGCCCCAGCUGGCCCCGUGGAGGCUGGAGGCCCCACAUUCCCCAGUCCUCAGAAGGAGGAAGCCGAAGGCCAAACGGCCAACUCUUUGAGGAGUGAGCCCAUAAGGCUGGAAUUUGACUUCUCUGAUGCCACCAUCAAAAGGCCACCCCCACUGAGGAAACGAGGGAAGACCCCGGCUCUCAGACCUCCCUUGAGGAGACCAGAGGCGAGGCAGGAAAAGGAGGAAAAGGCCCUCGUGGAGGCGGGCGAGGGUCCCGAUCCCCCUCCCUGCGGGUCCAACAGCCUGGACCGGGACAAGCUGGACGACCCAGACCGUAACCCCACCGGAGGUGAUGGAGAGGCCCGGCCCCCAGAGCACCCCAAGAGCGGGCCGGCCACAGAGGCCUUGUCUCCAAGCCGGCAGGUGCUCUUGGCCUCGGCGGAUGACACACUGGGGGCGCAGACCUCGGCAGGGACCGCAGAAGCGGCGGGCGAGGAGGGGACCGCAGACGCUUCGGGGGCAUCAGCUCCAACCAGCAGCCCAGGCAGCAAGCCGCCAACCGUGCCCACUGACCCCACACCCGCACCCCCCCGGGGGCCGGAGCCCGGACUGAGCCUGAGCGGGGAGCACUUCUGGGACCCCGCCGAGGUUCUAGGCACGGGGGCCGAGGUGGAUUACCUGGAGCAGUUCGGGGCAUCCUCGUUUAAGGAGUCGGCCCUGAGGAAGCAGUCCUUGUACCUUAAGUUUGACCCGCUCCUGCAGGACAGCCCCCGGGGGCUGGCGCCUGUGGCCCCGGAGCCCAGCAGUGCACGGGGCACAGACGCGCAUUCCUCGGGAAGCCCCCCGGAGGCCCAGCUGCUGGACCUGGACUUCGCAGGAGCCCCGGACGUUCCCACGCUCGGCCCAGCUCCUUGUGACCUUGGACCCAGGGCUCCGCUGCUGCCCGUGGGGCCCAUUGUGGAUGUGCUGCAGUACAGCCAGAAGGACCUGGACACUGCGGUUGGGGCGACACAGAAGGAGAACGAGGCGCUCAGGGUCAGGUGCACGGCGCUGCAGGAAAAGAUCCUGGAGAUGGGGAAAAUCAUGGAUGCGUUUGAGGGGACCGUGUACCAGGCGAUGGAGGAGGCUCAGAAACAGAAGGAACUUGCCAAAGCCGAGAUCCAGAAGGUUCUGAGGGACAGAGACCAGCUGACUGCAGACCUGCACUCCACGGAGAAGUCGUUCUCCGACCUCUUCAAGCGGUUUGAGAAACAGAAGGAAGUGAUCGAAGGCUACCGCACGAACGAAGCGUCUCUAAAGAAGUGCCUAGAGGGUUGCGUAGGCAGGAUCGAGAAGGAGGGCCAGAGGUACCAGGCGCUGAAGGCCCACGCAGAGGAGAAGCUCCAGCUGGCGAACGAGGAGAUCACCCAGGUCCGGAGCAAGGCCCAAGCGGAGGCCCUGGCACUGCAGGCAGGCCUGAGGAAGGAGCAGAUGCGCGUCCACUCGCUGGAGAAGGUCGUCGAGCAGAAGACUAAAGAAAACGACGAACUGACCAGAAUCUGUGACGACCUAAUUUCCAAGAUGGAGAGAAUCUGA